AUGAAGUUUCAAGCUGUUUGGCAUGCCUUAGCUGCAACGAAAAUCACCUUGACAGUCAGUCUGGCGUUCUUGCUCGGCAUUGCCAUCGAACAGGUGGGCAGACUAGAAUUGGAUGCCGAAAUUCGUUAUAUCGGUACGUUUGAUCAUCCAAACACAUUCCGAUGUGCUCGUCAGUUACCAGAUGGUUUUGAACAACCAUUUCAAUUGGAUCCGUUCCUAGUCAAGCCACAUAAAACCGUGGAGCAACAGACGCUUCCCAACCUAUCUGAACUGGUUUGGCCGGAGGAGGUGGUAGCUCCGAGACCGGCCGAUCGAAUCAAUCUGACCGAAGGACUCCAACCGGAAAUGCGUGAACCGUUUAAACCGGUCAUGAGCAAAGGUCAGAUGGCGGUUUCUCGGCGUCUAUUGCAGGUUUUCUCCGAUCUCAUGUUCGAGCAUGGUUAUGGGGAUAGAUUCUGGCUUCAGGGUGGAACCCUCGUGGGCUCCUAUCAUUUUCACGAUUUCAUUCCGUGGGAUGAUGAUGUCGAUGUGUUGGCAGAUGCAGAGCUACGGCCGGAAAUACAGCGACUUUUGAAAACACUCGAACCGGACUAUCAAUGGUAUGAAAUGGUCGAACGAGACAAACUGUUCACCAAACCGAUCAAUAGUUCACAAAGCCACUUGGAUCUUGAGUACAGUCGAUACACAGCGGAUAAACCUUGGGCUUGGCCAUUCAUGGAUAUAGGUUAUUAUCAAGUCGGGCCUACACAUACCUGUGAGUCCACAUGGAGACUUAGUCGAGGUGUGUGCAUACCGAACUCGGUAAUUUUCCCCCUGAUUUAUCGACCAUUUGGCAAACAAUGGUAUCCAACUCCGUCAAAUGUCCCUGUCUACUUGCGUUCCUUAUAUCGGGAACACAGUAGUUGCGUCACUUUCGGUUAUUCUCACAUCUUGGAAGGUGGGUCACAGGUGGCCAGAGUACCGUGUCACACACUAGCUGAUCAAUAUGCGUUUAUGCGACACGUGCCCGUACCGAAUGCGAUGAUGGUCUCAAUCAAUAACUCCCUAUCCACAAUGUUUAUGGUUGAUUUGGAGCAAUUGGUAAAAAAGUCCGAAAACGGAUGGGACGUGAUCCAUGAAUUACGAUUGCCAAUUCAGCUAGUGAAAGUGAAUGACUUGGAUGGAUACGGGAUCCCGGAACAAAGAUAG